AUGAAGGCUGUUCUUCCCGUCGUCCUCGCGCUCUUCGGCGCUGCCAUUGCUGCCCCCGUUCAGCCGGAGAGCGCCGACAAGCGCUCCGAGGCUCAGAGCCCUGAUAUCCUCUACAACAACCAGGCCGGCUGGGGAAAGCGAUCCGAGGCGCAGAGCCCUGACAUUCUCUACAACAACCAGGCCGGAUGGGGAAAGCGCUCUGAGGCUCAGAGCCCCGACAUCCUCUACAACAACCAGGCUGGCUGGGGAAAGCGCUCCGAGGAGAAGCGCUCCGAGGCCCAGAGCCCUGACAUUCUUUACAACAACCAGGCUGGUUGGGGCAAGCGUUCCGAGGCCCAGAGCCCGGAUAUCCUGUACAACAACCAGGCCGGCUGGGGAAAGCGCUCGGAGGAGAAGCGUUCUGAGGCCCAGAGCCCCGAUAUCCUCUACAACAACCAGGCUGGGUGGGGAAAGCGCUCUGAGGCUCAGAGCCCCGACAUUCUUUACAACAACCAGGCCGGUUGGGGCAAGCGUUCUGAGGCUUAA